AUGGAUCCGUGCAGAGAUGCUCCCACGAUAUGCUCUCGAGACUCAAUUGAGGAUAUUUGGGGGCCGAGAACACCGUAUGUUCAUCAGUGGCCUACGAGGGUUGAUCAUGCUUGCGACGAGGAGCCGGAGAAAUGGGUGCAGAGUGCGUGUGUUCUCUGCAGCAACGGCUGUGGACUUGACAUUGGCGUCAAAGAUGGCAAGGUAGUCGGUGUGAGAGGCCGUGCUACCGAUCGUGUCAAUAAAGGAAGACUGGGUCCCAAAGGACUUAAUGGAUGGAAGGCAAUCAACAGUAAGGAACGGCUCACUCAUCCCAUGAUCCGAAGGAAUGGCAAACUUGAGCGCGCUACUUGGGAUGAGGCCAUGGAUCUCAUUGUCAAAAAGUCAAAGCAGCUCGUUGAGAAACUUACGGCUCAUAGCAUCGCUUUCUACACCAGUGGCCAGUUGUUUCUUGAAGAAUACUACGUGCUUGCUUUGAUCGGAAAAGCUGGACUAAACACUCUUCACAUGGACGGAAAUACUAGGCUCUGCACUGCGACGGCGGCAGCUUCAAUGAGAGAGUCAUUUGGGUCUGAUGGACAGCCUGGUUCUUACACUGAUAUCGACUACACCGAUUGUCUUUUUAUGGUAGGCCAUAAUAUGGCAGCUACCCAGACUGUUCUUUGGUCUAGGGUCCUCGACCGACUGGCGGGCCCUACUCCGCCAAAGUUGAUCGUCGUGGAUCCGAGAUACAGUGAAAGCGCUUCAAAGGCUACGCUUCACCUAGCCCCAAGGAUCGGUACCAAUCUUGCCUUACUGAACGGUAUUCAGCACCUCAUGUUCAAGAACGGCUGGAUCAACGAGGACUAUGUCUCCAAACAUGUCGUCGGUCUUGAAGAUUUGAAGAACAUAGUCAAAGGUUAUGAUCCCGAGAGAGUGGAAGAAAUCACGGGCGUUCCGGCAAGUAAGAUUGAAGAAGCCGCCAGUAUUCUCGGCCAAACUCCGAGUCUUCUCUCAUCAGCCCUUCAAGGAGUGUACCAGUCGAAUCAAGCUACCGCAAGUGCUUGUCAGAUCAACAACAUACAUCUCCUUCGUGGUUUGAUUGGUAAGGCUGGAAGUGGCAUCUUUCAGAUGAAUGGCCAACCAACUGCUCAGAACAACCGUGAGACAGGCUGUGAUGGAGAGUUUCCUGGUUUUAGAAACCAUCAGAACGCGAAACACAUGCAGGAGUUGGCAGACCUUUGGAACAUUAAUAAAAUCGAAGUGCCGCACUGGAAUGAACCGACUCAUGUUCAUAACAUGUUGACGUUUAUGGAGAAAGGGUCGAUUCGAAUGGUUUGGGUUUCUGGGACGAAUCCCCUCGUCAGCUUGCCCAACCUUCCCAGAGUCCGGGACAUCUUCACUCAACCAGAGCUCUUUGUUAUCUGUCAGGAUAUUUACAUGACAGAGACAGCUUCUAUCGCUGAUGUUGUACUCCCAGCCGCUCAAUGGGGUGAGAAGACAGGUUGCUUCACGAAUGUUGAUAGGACUGUGCAUCUAUCGCAUAAAGCUGUUGAGCCACCUGGAGAAGCCAAACCGGAUCUCGAAAUCUUUCUAGACUAUAGUCGUCGCAUGGAUUUCAAGAAUAAAGAAGGCGGGCCUCUCACUCCGUGGACACAGCCAGAGGAAGUAUUUGAGGCAUGGAAACGUCUAUCUGCAGGCAGACCUUGCGAUUACACAGGCAUGUCUUAUGCAAAGCUCACAGGUGGCUCUGGGAUCCAAUGGCCCUGCAACGAGCAGUAUCCUGUCGGUAAAGAGCGAUUAUUCGAUGACGGCGUGUUCUUCACUGAUAUAGACUACUGCGAGAGCUAUGGUCAUGAUCUACAGACUGGUGUUCCAUACUCCGCAGAGUACUACAAAGAGCUCAGACCAGCGGGUCGUGCUAUCCUCAAGACGUGCGACUACGUACCUCCGUAUGAAGACCCAGAUGAUCAAUAUCCGCUGAGACUCUCAACUGGACGCAAUGUGUAUCACUUCCAUACCAGGACCAAGACAGGAAGAACUGCCCUGCAGAAAGCCUGUCCCGAACCUGAGAUUCGAAUCUCUGAGAAGGAUGCUGAGAAGUUUGAUGCGAAGACCGGCGACAUGGUGGUAAUCAAGUCCAGACGUGGUGAGGUUGAGAUGAAGGUGAAAGUUGGGAAGAUAUCUCAAGGACAGGCUUUCAUCCCGUUCCAUUUCGGAUACUGGGACACAAAGGAUGGAAGAGCACGAGCAGCGAAUGAGCUCACCAUCACUGAGUGGGAUCCCAUAUCUAAACAGCCAACCUUCAAAUCCGGAGCUAUCUCCAUCGAAAAAGUUCCAAAUGAUCGCCCAACCGCAAAGGAACGCCAAUCCGAGGCCUUGGCAAAGGCAGAAAAGAACGAUGCCACGACUUCGAAUACCACUGAGAGCGAUCUCAGCAAUCGCGAGCGUGAACUAGAGACUUGGCUAGGCGAAACCUACGAGUCCAUUCUACUCUUAAGAGACAUCACGGAGUAUCUAUUAGACCAUCUAGUAGCCGACUCAGAAGCUCACUCCGGCGUCCGAAUUCUCAUCCAAAUCACCAAAGACACAACCAAACGUCUCAAACCACAAGUUGAUAAAUUUGGUGAGAAUCAGGCCCGUGGCAGACACGCCGCUCAUACGCUGCGCGACUCGUUGUUCCCCAAGAGUGAUAAUACACCAAGUCAGCUGCAAGUGUUGGAAGCGCUGCGAAGUUUGCAAGUGUAUUUGGCUCAUCUGCGUGUUGGGCUCGAGGCGUUGAACCCUGUUAGUCAAGCAAUCUGGGAUGAGGAGUUCUUUCAGGCGGUUUUGUAUGCGAUCUCGCAGGUCAAGAGGAUGCAGGAUUGGGUGACGACGCAGAUCAAGGUUAGGGCUCCUCAGGCGCUUUUAGUGCCCUGCAAGGUAGACUACAAGGAUACACUCCUGAGUCCAUGGAAAUGGUUCAACCACGAGCGCACCAGCCUAUGGACAUGGAUCUUAUUGUUCCCACAUAUCAUCUCUCGACUGAUAGUAGCCGAAAUGGCAUCCCCUUUCUUGUAUCUUCCAUUACAUGGCGACGAGAUCCGCGUGCUCAAGAUCGAGGCUGCUGAAGACGCGGCCAACACCGCCAAGAGCCAUUCAAUAAUAUGCUCACUUGAACAUGUUUGUCUGCCACCGGCGGCAAAGGAAUCGUCCUAUCAAAAUUUCAAAGGGAGUGGAACGUGGUCUGAGCUUUCUGUCACACCCAAUACCGAUGUGCUCUUUAAGAAUGAUCGAGAUCCGCAUGCGAGCGUAGGGAGCAUGGCCCUUUCGACUCAAGAAGGACUUGCUGCAGAAGAUGAUCUACCGUGGAGACACGAAUGGGGCGAUUUUAUCGCUUUGUCAUAUGUAUGGGGAUAUCCGAAGAGAAAAGAAGGGGAACCUCCUCACCUCAUCACUGUUGACGGCGUUGCUUUCGAAGUUGGACCAAACUUAUACUUUGCUCUGACGCAACUGAGUCGAAGUUCGAGGAUUAGGCAAGGGUUCAAAGUUUGGAUCGAUGCAAUCUGUAUCAACCAGGCUGACCUCGAUGAGCGCAGCCAGCAGGUCACUAGAAUGCGUGAUAUUUACCAGUCUGCCUGGCAGGUAGUUAUAUGGCUUGGUCCCGAAGAGCAUAAGAGCUCACUAGCUAUAUCUGCGCUAUACUGGUUAGCCCGUGAGUCACAGCAAGCAGAACCGAUGGAGAACUUUUACUACGAAGAGUUCUCAGUCGAUUUGCGCCCUCUGAUCAUCAUAUGGCCCAGGUACAAAAGUCCAAUGAAGAGGGACGUUUACCGGGCGCUAUUCCACUUCUUCACAAGACCAUACUGGCGCCGUAUGUGGAUAGUCCAAGAAGUCGCAAUGGGUAACAUGAACAGUCCUGUGCUUUGCGGCAAUGCAUGUAUCUCGUGGAAUGAUCUAUACAAAGCUGUGGGCAUCAUCUCCGCAGAUGAGUCGAGAUUCGGUCGCGAGAUUCUUGAAACUGUUCAACCACGAAUUUUACCCGCGUGGUCGUUUGAGUUCGCUCAAGACAGACUGCUUCAUGAAAGAACUUGUGCGCCGGAGAGAAUGUGGAAGAUUCAUCAGACCAUGACGCAGAUCCAAAACAGCCAAAAGAUUACGUCUACGUCAACUGAAUGGGGAGAGCUUGUACGUGCACUAAAUCUUGCGCGUGACUCUCUCGUCACGGAAGAGAAGGAUAGGGUUUAUGGUAUUCUUGGUAUCAAAGCCAUUGCUGAUAGGGUUCAUAUUGAGCCCGAUUACAAACUCUCCCUAUCAGCCAUUUAUACCAACUUUACAGAGGAACUCUUGUCGAAAGGAGACCUUAAUAUUCUCCGCCUAGCUUCUGGUCAUGGUGGGUAUGUCCCGUUCAAGAGAACCUCAGAUAAUCUGCCUCCAGCUGCACGACAUCGUUCUAUUGCACCAAUUUUACUAUCCAUGCUUGAUAGUGUUACUAUACUACAGGAAAAGACUCCGGUUGGAACACCUUGCGAGCAUAGCCUUCCUUCUUGGGCGAUAUGCUGGUCCUGUUCACCGGCGCCAACAGCACAACUUCGAGGAAUAUACCAUGCGGACAGAAAUCUUGGCUCCGCGAUUCCGAUGCCAGUGAUUACGAAUAUGGCUCUCACUGUGAAGGGGAUAGCUAUAGAUACCAUCACUUCAUUGAGCGCAUUCCAUAUCGACGAAUGCGAUGAGCGCUAUCCUGACAACACUUUUGCCUCGGACUGCAGUAUCUACGGAAAUAUUGAAAGUACACGAGAAGCGCUCUGGCGGACUAUAGUGGCUGAUACAAUUUCAGAAGAGAGUGGUCGUGCACCAGAGAGCUACUCAUGGCUUCUUAACCACAAGUUAUGGCAAAGAGGCGUUGCUGGCGUGUAUACAUAUGGCUUCGGACUGCAUGAUUUUAUGGUACGAAAUCAACACCUCAGUCUAUGCGGUUACACUUUGGAGCAGUUGAUAUUUGGUCACAAAAAAUGGCUUACAAAGUUGAGGAUGACUGUUGGUGAUGACUACUAUAAUUCGACUGAGGCGCAGCGGGAGGCUUUGUCGUGGGCGAUUAAUGCGAUGGCGUGGAGAAGGCUUUUUGGGACGAAGAAUGGCAGAAUGGGACUGGGAACAUGUGCAGCUGAGGUCAACGAUAAGAUCGUUCUCCUGAGGGGUUGCAACACGCCACUCAUACUCAGAGAAUUCAACGGGGGCUGGAAGCUCAUGGGUGAGUGUUAUACUCAUGGUGUUAUGUACGGCGAGGUAACAGCCAGGGAGGACGCGCUUGUAGAUAUCACGAUUUAUUGA